UUUCAAUUGAAUUUGAAUUCAAAUAGUUAUUAUUUUGUGAUUUUACAUUUUGUAAAUAUAAUUUCAUUUUAAAAAAUGGAAGAUUUCGAUGUAUUCACAGACGAAAUUAAAUUCACUAAGCCGCUGUUGAAAAAUAUACUGAAUAAGUAUGUCAAUGACGCACCCGCAACUCCCAGUGGGCCAAACUAUCAAAGUGGUAGAAAACUAUUAGGCGAAGAAUGUUUGUCAAAUGGGGAUGAAUUGGGCUGUGCGUUCCAGUUCAGCGAGGCUGUGUCAGCAUCACUGAGGACCAUGGCCGUGUAUAGAGAUGAACAGAUGCGAAUUGCUGGCAAUCAAAACCAGAAGAUCACUAAUUAUAUAAAACCCGUGCAGGAAAUCAUUGAUUCAACUACAAUUUCAAAAGACGAUGAAAAACUCAUUGGUCUCCUUUCUACUAACACAACAGAAAUAACAGAAAAGUUGAAUAGUUUCAAACUGGACGAGGAACCAUUCCACAAGAAAUAUUUGAGAUUCGGACCCCACAACAAUGCUGAGAAUUUGAUGAAAAUAAUGAAGGAAUUGCCCAAAGAAUGGACUAUAAUACAACUGACAGCGCCUUACAACCCCAACGAGAAUCUCAAAACACUGGACGAGUUCAAACUAGAGAUAAACUCUAUUUAUCUGACAAUGUACACCAAUGACUAUUUGGGAGAUCACGUUCCUCUCACUGUUAAUAUUCCGGCUAAUGUUAAUAAAGUAGGAGAGAAACCCUUGUUCACUGAGCUAUAUUCACUUCUCAGCGAUAACUAUGAGACUAUAAACGACGCUCAGUUUCUAAACAACAAGCGACUAGUUCAGAAUUAUUGGAGUCGGCGUGAGGACAUCGACUUGAGAAUGAAGAGUGUAAUAAUGGUGAUGGAUAAGGAAUGGCUGGGUGGCUGGGGGAGCUUGCUGACCGGCAAGUUGGUAGAAGACGGACUAAGGGACAAGAUAGUUACCUUGGUCGACACCACCAUUCAGGAUUGGGGAUUCAUAAAAUUGAAUACUAAACAGAAAAUUCUACUUUACAACCUAAUUGAAAGCAGUCCAGUGUUGUCAUCACACCAAUUGAAGUCUUGCAUCAGGAGAAUAUUGACCGAACACGGCAACACUGAGGAAAUAAGAAGCGUGCUAAAUCCUUGCCAGGAAUGCAGUAAAGAUUUUAGAUUUUUGAACGAAUUGUGUUUGAAGUGUUUGUCGAAAGCGUUCGAGAGUAUACACCAUUUUAGUUUAGUCGAUGGUAUAAAGGCGUUUUCGCAAGCCGCGUCUAUGGUCAAAGAUGGCGACGAAUGGUCGAGUUUGAAGAAGGCUAAGAGGCAUCCGGUUAUUCUCAUUGUGGAUGAGAUGCUCGACACAUUCCCGUGGGAAACUUUGCCCAUACUGAAUCAUCACCCCGUGUCUAGGAUGGAAAAUGUGCACUUCAUAUACAACCUGUACAAAAUACACGAGAAACGGUUUGUGGACGGAUACUUCGUCGGCAGCACUGAAGUCGGACGAUACGUCAUCAAUCCUGAGAAGAAUCUGGAUCGUAUGGAGAAGCGGAUGGUGUCGUUCGUGCAGUACUGGUGCGGCGGCUGGAGCGGAUACAUCGGGGAGCCGCCGCCGCCCGAUUGCUUCCUACGCUUCCUUUCCGAAGCAGAUGUCUUCUUAUACUGCGGUCACGGCGACGGCUGCCAACUCGGCGCCGGCGGGGCGAACGGCGCCGGCGUGGAGGGCGCCGCGGGCAUGCGCGCCGCCACGCUGCUGUCCGGCUGCGGCUCUGUCAGGCUCACCGGGUCGGCCGGACGUGCGCCGCCCGCCGCCUCGCACCAUCACCUGCAUGUUGCCGGAAGCCCCAUGGUGGUGGGGAUGCUGUGGGAGGUGACGGACCUGGAGGUGGACAAGGUGGUGAGCUCGCUGCUGGCGCUGUUCGUGCCGUCGCGCGCGCGGCCCUGGCCCGCCGUGGGCAAGGCGCGCUGGAGCCAGGGGCUGCUGGACACAGAAGUGGAAGAUAAGGUGCCGUUCACACCGGAACGCGACUUACUGCGGGCGGUGUGUCGCGCGCGAGGCUCCACCAGUUUCGUGAUGAUCGCCAGCAGCAUGGUGGCCAGAGGGUUACCGGUUCGAAUCCCGGAUGCAUAGUGUAAAUAGUCAUAUCAAGAUAAGCUACAUGUUUAUACAUCAGUCAUGAUUUAUAUUUUUGUAUGAGUACGAAAUAAAAG